AUGGCUCCUUCAACUCCUAGAGUGGUGGUGAAAGUGGAUUUGAAGAAGAAGCCAUGGGAGCAAGAUGAGCCACUGCAUAACAGAUGGCAUCCUGAGAUACAACCAGUAGCAGAGGUCAAAGCUGGUGAGUUCUUUAGGGUGGAGAUGGUUGACUGGACCGGAGGUGCAAUCAAAGAUGAUGACUCUGCUGAAGAUAUUAAGAACCUAGACCUCUCCACUGUUCAUUACCUGAGUGGUCCUAUCAAAGUUGUGGAUGAGGAAGGUGUUGCAGCAAAGCCAGGUGAUCUUCUUGCUGUUGAGAUAUGCAACUUGGGACCUUUACCAGGAGAUGAAUGGGGCUUCACUGCUUCGUUUGAUAGAGAGAAUGGUGGUGGUUUCUUGACUGAUCAUUUCCCUUGUGCCACCAAAGCCAUUUGGUACUUUGAAGGGAUCUAUGCAUACUCUCCUCAAAUCCCUGGAGUAAGGUUUCCAGGUUUGACACACCCAGGGAUCAUUGGCACUGCACCAUCAAAAGAACUUUUGAGAAUAUGGAACGAAAGAGAAAGACAACUAGAAGAAAGUGGUCUCAGUACUGUAACACUAUGUGAGGUUGUGCAUCAGAGACCACUAGCUAACCUACCAAUAGCUAAAGGAUGUCUCCUAGGGAAAAUGGAAGAGGGAACACCGGAAUGGGAAAGGAUUGCAAAGGAGGCUGCAAGAACAAUCCCAGGAAGAGAAAACGGAGGAAACUGUGAUAUUAAGAACCUAAGCAGAGGAUCUAAAAUAUAUCUCCCAGUAUUUGUGGAAGGUGCUAAUCUAAGCACUGGUGAUAUGCAUUUCUCUCAAGGUGAUGGUGAGAUCUCUUUCUGCGGAGCCAUUGAGAUGAGUGGAUUCCUAGAACUCAAGUGUGAGAUCAUAAGAAAUGGGAUGAAGGAGUACCUUACACCAAUGGGACCAACCCCUCUGCAUGUGAAUCCGAUAUUUGAGAUAGGGCCAGUGGAACCGAGAUUCUCAGAGUGGCUUGUCUUUGAAGGUAUCAGUGUAGAUGAGGCAGGGAGACAGCAUUACCUAGACGCAACAGUUGCUUACAAAAGAGCGGUUCUCAAUGCUAUAGACUAUCUCUUCAAAUUUGGCUACUCAAAAGAACAGGUAUAUCUCUUACUCUCAUGUUGUCCAUGCGAAGGGAGAAUAUCUGGGAUAGUAGAUUCUCCAAACGCAGUUGCUACACUUGCAAUACCCACUUCCAUCUUUGAUCAGGAUAUAAGGCCAAAGACUCGAAAGGUACCAGCAGCAGGACCUCGGAUUGUGAAGAAACCAGACGUUAUGAAGUGCACAUAUGAUGGCAAACUUGCAACUACAAAGAAUCCUAGUUCUUCAUCUUUUAUCUAA